AUGGAGGGAAAUUACACAUAUGAACCGCGCAUCGGCCUCCGGUCCCCAAAUUUAACAAAUACAACCGUAAAUUUGCAAGAGAGCUUCGAAAUUGAUUUGGAAGAUACAAAUUGGAUUUUGACAUCAUCGUUCAUCAUAUUUACGAUGCAGACUGGUUUCGGCAUGCUGGAGUCUGGGUGUGUAUCAAUUAAAAACGAAGCAAACAUCAUGAUGAAGAAUCUUGCUGAUAUCUCGCUGGGAGGUCUUACAUAUUGGAUAUUCGGCUACGGGAUGUCCUUUGGCCAGGGACCGUUGUCUAACCCAUUUAUUGGGGUAGGAGACUUCCUAGUGGACCCUCCUGUUGGUGACGCCCUCAUGGGUCCGGUUUUCGCCUCAUUUCUGUUCCAAUUAUCUUUCGCCACCACAGCCACUACUAUCGUUAGUGGGGCUAUGGCCGAAAGGUGUAACUUCAAAGCAUACUGCCUAUUUUCGUUCUUAAACACAAUCGUUUAUUGCGUCCCCGCGGGCUGGGUGUGGGGGGAGCACGGGUUUCUGAACCGCAUGGGCGCUGUGGACAUAGCUGGGUCGGGGCCAGUGCAUUUGAUAGGUGGGUCAUCGGCAUUCGCUUCAGCACUAAUGCUGGGUCCGCGUCUGGGGCGUUAUGCGAAGGGCUAUGACCCUUUGCCUUUGGGAAACCCCGUUAAUGCAGUAAUGGGGACUUUUGUCCUGUGGUGGGGAUGGUUGGCCUUCAACAGUGGCAGUACUUAUGGGGUAAGCGGCGCCAAGUGGCAGUACGCGGCACGCGCUGCUGUUAUGACAAUGAUGGGUUCUUUUGGCGGUGGGGCUUUUGGGCUGAUAUUUACUCUGUUUAAGAAUAAAGGUCGAGCUGAUGUCCUAGACCUAAUAAAUAGUGUUCUAGGAUCCCUCGUGUCUAUAACAGCGGGUUGUUUCCUGUACCGCGCGUGGGAGGCGCUGCUAAUCGGAGCAAUUGGAGCUCUCAUAGCGUCGUUGAGCGCCGCGUUGUUCGAUCGGUUGCACGUCGACGACCCCGUUGGGGCUUCCGCGGUGCAUGGGGCCUGCGGGUUUUGGGGAGUGGUAGCAGUUGGCUUGUUUGCUGACAACCCGAUACCUAUGGAAACAACGAAUGGUAGAUCUGGAUUGUUUAAAGGGGGUGGAUGGUACCUCCUGGGAGUGCAGACCCUCACGGCCCUUUGCCUCAUGCUGUGGGGUGCGCUUGUUACAAUGGCACUACUGUGGCUUAUCGACCGAGUGCUGCCCAUCCGCAUGGACCCGUACGACGAGCUGCUGGGCGCCGACCUCACUGAGCAUAGAGUCCGCCAUGGCCAGGUGGGUGUAUCUCGAGCAGUGUCCGCUCUACGCCCAUUCCAUCGCUCGAGUAGCAUUGAAGAUAUCGGCAGCAUAGGAGUCAAUACUGGACACAAUAUGGUCAUAGACAAACUGAGUGAGCUAAAGAAGAAGAGAAGCAAAAGCGGUAACCUAAAGAUAUUUACGAAUCAAGCGUUCGUCGGGGAAACCGCAAACGAACAAACGUUCAGAAAUACUGGAUUUUUAAAUAAACGACCUGGCAACCCAGAAAACGAUUUACACCGCGUCAUAGACUCCAUGGAGGGCGAAUUAAAUGGCACUAAUCAUGAUGACACUGUCAAAAAUGGCGGGAAACUAACUGCCAAAAAUUUGGAACAUUUCAAGGGAAAAAAAUUCAAAGAACUCUCUGCUAGUGAAUUGGAAGAGUUAGGACAAAUGCAAGCGAAUGAAGAUAGAUUCAGACAUAAAAUUAUUGAACAUGAUUAUAAGAAUGACGUUGAUAGGAGUGGUAUCACAACUCCUAGCUUUAAGUGGAUUGAGUAGCACGAUAAGUGAAAAAAAACAGUGAUGUUUAAUAAAAAUAGUUAUUAUAAGUGUAAAAUAAAUGUUAA